ACUCGCAAUAAACGCGUAUUCUUGUACUAAUAUUUAAUAUUAAGAAAUCUAUUUCUAUAAAUAUGUAGGGACUUCUUCUUCCCUAUUGCAUCCACAAAAAAAGAAAAGAAUCCAAAGAAGCAGAGGAAGAGAAAGAGAACAAUGGCCGCCGAAGAGGGACAAGUUAUCGGUGUUCACAGCGUCAGUGCGUGGGAAGAACAUCUCAAAAAGGGACAAGAGUCCAAAAAGCUGAUUGUGGUGGAUUUCACCGCUUCUUGGUGCGGUCCAUGCCGAUUCAUUGCUCCAAUCCUAGCUGAGAUUGCUAAAAAGCUGCCCCAUGUCACCUUUCUCAAGGUGGAUGUAGAUGAACUGGAGUCUGUUUCACAAGAGUGGAAGGUUGAAGCUAUGCCAACCUUCCUGUUCUUGAAAGAGGGCAAGGUGGUGGACAAGGUUGUGGGAGCCAAGAAAGAUGAGCUGCAACAGGCAAUAGUCAAGCAUUCAGAGCCUGCUGCUGCUGCUAGUUCCAUAUGAAUGAAUGUGUUUAGAAUAAUAAAUGUAUUUCUUCAAGUCAUUUUGCUUUUACUGUUUUUUGAAUCUGUUUGGAUGAUUUCAGCUUGGUUAUGGAGUUAGUAAAACAUGGACUGAGUUAUGUAUAAAUGAAAUUGUUGCAGUGCCCCUGCAUAUGUCACCAUUAAUAGUAUUCAUUUUAAUUUUAGGCGAUAA